GAGGAUUGUAAGCUGUUAACCUUCCCGCGCAUUCGAAUUGCUACCCUAAACAGCAGGAAACAAAUCGUCUUGCUAACAGCGCGUCGCCAUCCAGCCCUCUUAUAUAGGGUUUAUGGGACGCAGCCAACCGCAGCUUGGUCUAGGGUUUUAGUCUUGGAACAUUUUCCUCUCGGAAAUGGCUUUCUGGGGAAUUGAAGUGAAACCUGGAAAGCCUUUUACUCAUUCAUUUGAUGGCCAGCGUGGGAGGCUUCACAUUUCCCAGGCAACAUUGGGGAUAGGUGCUGCAAGCAAAAAAAGCUUAGUACAGUGUAAUGUAGGCAAUAAGAGUCCUGUUCUCUUGUGCUGCUUGUUGCCUGAUAAGACAGAAUCAUGCACUUUGAGUUUAGAAUUUGAGGAGGUUGAAGAAGUGAUCUUCUCUGUUAUUGGUCCGCGGAGCGUUCACCUUACUGGUUAUUAUCUCGGUAAUGGCCGGCAUUCCAAUUUUAAUGAGGACUCAGAAUCCUAUGGAGAAGACAUUGCAGAUACAGAGACAGAGAAAUCUAAUGACCAUGGUGAAGAAGAUGACUAUGAGGAUAGUUUCAUUGAUGAUGGUGAACUAGAGGUUUUCCCUUCUUCACCAGUUUCCAGUGAUGGAGUUUUGCUUGAGGAGAAAUUGGAUGGUAAAAAAACCAACAACGGGAAGAGCAGCCACCGAAGACUUAAGAAGAAGUACCAGUUGAGUGAAUCUGAUGAUGACAUUAGUUUGCAACAAAAUAUUGCCAAAGGUAGUGCUGGUGUCCUCGUGUUGGAGAGUGAUAGUGAAGAUAAGAUCCCAAUUUCCUCCCUAUAUAAGAGUAAAACCAUUGAAAAGAAUGCAAAACUUGAAGAAGAAGAAGAAGAAGAAGAAGAAGAAGAAGAAAAGAAAGCUGGAAAUGGUAUAGGAGGAGAGAGAGGCCACAAAAAGCUAGAAGAUGGAAAAGGUCACAAGGACACAGAAGAGAAAGAAAAUGCAGGCACAGAAAAAGAUGGCAAUCGUUCUAUUGGAUCAAAAAGAAAAAAUAAUGCUGUUGGCAUAGAUGCUGGGCCUGAAAGGCAAUCUGACCUGCCAAUUGGUUCUGUCCUGCAUUCUACUGAAUUGGGCCCUGAAAAUGGCGGAAAGUCAAAGAAGAAAAGGAAAGAUCGGUCUAAAGGGGUAAAGCAUCUGGAGGUUGACAGUGUUAACCAUAAAAAUGACCUUAAAGAGGAUAAAGCCCCACAAAACGAGAAUAAGGCUGAUAACAUGGACCAGAAUCUGCUGGAAAGAAAAGAAAAUCAGAGGCCUAACAGUUAUAAGAGUUGUGACACAAAGGUGGAUCAAUUAGCUGGUGACAAUCAAAGUGAGGAGAAAAAGAUAAAGAGGAAGAAAAAGAAGAGUAAAACACAGGAGAAUGAGGGUGUCGCUAAUAUGGAAGUACCUCCUUUGUCAAUGAACGAAAAGAGUGGAUCCCAUUUGGAAGUUAAGGACAGGAACUCUGAUGCCAAUUCAUCCCAAGUUAGAAUGAUGUCCAAUGGAUUGGUGAUUGAGGAGCUAAUAACUGGAAAACCAGAUGGCAAAAUAGCUUGUCAAGGAAAGAAGGUCAGUGUCUAUUACACAGGCAAGUUAAAAGAGAGUGGACAAAUCUUUGACUCAAAUAUUGGCAGAGCUCCUCUUAAGUUCCGCCUAGGUGCAGGAAAAGUUAUAAAGGGAUGGGAUGUCGGUCUUGAUGGUAUGCGAGUUGGAGAUAAGAGAAGACUCGUAAUCCCACCAUCAAUGGGUUAUGGGAAUGAAGGAGCUGGUGAUAAUAUUCCACCAAAUUCAUGGCUAGUAUUCGAUGUUGAAUUGGCUGGUGCCCGGUGAUUGUCCUGCACCAUUUGCAUCCAUGCAGUUUUGUGGCAUCAUUGCAGGCAUGCAUAUUUUGCCCUUGUAGAGCCCAUAUUUUAAGAGAUUCAAUCACAAGUUGUUUACUAAAAAAUUUUGGAUCCUUUUUCACCAUAUAGCUUCUAGCUUCAUAUUCUUCAACUUGAGUUUCUUAGGGAAAAAUAGCAUGGAGAAACAUAAAAUAUAAAGAAAAAUAGGGGAGAGUAGUAUAGAGAAACAUAAAGAAAUGAUUUUUAGAUUGGAAAGUUUAGGGAAAUGACAAGAGAUUUUAUGGUUAUUAUAACUGUUGUUCCCUGCACAAGCAAAUGUUAGGUGUACAGGGUCAUUAAAACAAAGCAUGUAUAGGACCUCUGGAUUUCUGGCUUGCCAUUUGCAAUAUAGGAAUAGUCAAUACUUUUUGGGGGGUGUAAAACAAGCAAAAAACAGCCUACAGAAAUGUGUCGUAACUCCAGAAUGCUCAUUUCUUCCCCCAAUUCCUGUGAGAUUCUAUUAUGAGAAAAUGUCUCUCUACCUAUCAAAACAGUUUCUUUCUUAAAUUCAGAAAUUGAUGCUAAUCUCUAGGUAUUGUCAUAGUUCCCAAAUCUUUAAUAGGAGUUGAAUCUCCAUCCUCAACCUUGACACUAGAUGCCUUUGUAGUAGAAACUAUGAUUCAUGCAUGGAUAGCGUCUGUUAUAUCAUGGUUUCCAAAUACUAUGAUGUGAUCAGUUUAGUUUAGCUGCUGACUGAGUUUUUAAAUAUUUGCCCUCUUGUUCAUUAGCUUUUUAGAUAAUGCUGAUUUGAUUUCAAAUUUGAUAUAAGGAUGGGAAAUUUCUAGUUA